AUGGUCUCCAUCUGGCCUACCGUCGAGACCACAUCCGUAAACUACAAAGAGAUGCUCGAGCGAGGCCUCCUAAUCCGCCACGAUCGCGGCCUACGAAUCGCCAUGCAAUGCGACGGCGACAUCACGCAUUUCGACGCCACAAACCCCGAAGCCCAGAAAUUCAUCUGGCAAACCGCAAAGAAGAACUACUACGACAAAGGCAUCAAGGUCUUCUGGCUAGACGAAGCGGAGCCCGAAUACAGCAUCUACGAUUUCGACAUAUAUCGCUACCACGCCGGCCCCAACAUGCAGAUCGGCAACAUCUUCCCCAAAGAGUACGCACGGGCGUUCUACGAAGGCAUGGAGGCCGAGGGCCAAAAGAACAUCGUGAACCUGCUCCGUUGUGCCUGGGCCGGCAGCCAGAAAUAUGGUGCUCUGGUCUGGAGCGGCGACAUUGCGUCCUCCUGGAGCUCGUUCCGCAAUCAACUGGCUGCUGGGCUGAAUAUGGGAUUAGCUGGGAUCCCUUGGUGGACGACGGAUAUCGGCGGUUUCCACGGCGGUAACCCGGAUGACCCUGCUUUCAGGGAGCUUUUCACUCGGUGGUUCCAAUGGGGGACGUUCUGUCCGGUGAUGCGUCUGCAUGGGGACCGCGAACCGAAGCCGGAAGGACAGCCUACUGCGUCGGGAUCUGACAAUGAGGUUUGGUCCUAUGGAGAGGAGAUCUACGAGAUCUGCAAGAAGUACAUUAACAUUCGUGAAGAGCUCAGAGACUAUACUAGGAGCUUGAUGAAAGAAGCCCAUGAGAAGGGCUCCCCGGUGAUCCGGACGUUGUUCUAUGAGUUCCCGGAGGACAAGGCCGCAUGGGAUAUCGAGACAGAGUACAUGUUUGGCUCUAAGUAUCUUGUAGUCCCGGUGCUUGAGGCAGGACAACGGAAGAUCACUGCUUAUUUGCCAUCAGGGGCUUCAUGGAAAUCAUGGGGUGAAGACGAGGUCUACGAGGGAGGCAAGACGGUCGAGGUUGCUUGCCCGAUUGAGACAAUGCCUGUUUUCGUCAAGGCGUAG